AUGAAGCUGUUGAUCUUUCUAUUGCUCGCCUUCGCGGCCCUCAUAGCUGCUUGUCCACCGCCCCUCAAUGACUUCUAUUAUCUCAGUAACGAGACACACACUACCGAGGACCUGCUUUUGGAUCUCCGACGUGGAAACACGCAAAUGGGAUGGGAUGAGGUCGUCACCAAGCCCCACGGUCUCAUCACUUACUGCUUCGCUACACCCGCAAUCAGUGAAAAGUACAAGGACACACUGACUGCUGCCUGGGAUCUCUGGAAAACUCAAAUUGGCGAACCAAGCAAGGAGAACCAGCAUCAGCUCAUCAUCAAAGAACAUGGAUGGUGGGACAAGGAGUGGCAAUACUGCUACAACAAACAGAAGCAUCCCGGGGAUUUCCUCGUCUGGAACUCCAUCGUUCCAGCCCAGACGGUCGUCAUAAAUGAGCUGCCCAGGUUUGUACCCGGUAUGGGUGCGUCUGCGAUUGUUGGAUACAUUCCAGAUGAGUGGCCGAUUCAUUCUCCUCGAGAAGGUCGCCAUAAAGUCUUGUUCAAUCCUGAGGCCAAGGACAAAUUCCCUGACGAGAAGUCUUGGAUUGCUAAUAUCGCGCACGAGCUUGGACAUGUUGCGGGUCUUUGGCAUGAGCAUCAGCGACCCGAUCGUGAUCACUAUGUCCGAUUCAACUGUGAAGCUUUACCUGGUUAUGACGCAGCCAAGAUCUUGGUCGAUCAGCGUGGUGAAGACAAGAUGGAGGAUGUCUGCAACGAUGGAACACUGGCGGGCACUUACGGCUUCAGCAUCAUCGACCAAUACGACAAGAUCGACCACCUCGAUCGCGCCGGCCCGGUUGACGGCCAAUGGUGGUAUUUGGUCCAAUCCUAUAAGGACCGCGAAUAUGACGCCCACUCCCUUAUGCAUUGGGGUUCUGAUGCGCAUUACUGGCGCGAUGACGACGAGAAGCUGAGGGUGCAGCUCGCCGUAUGGAAAAAUGGUGGACCGGACUAUACGCCACCAGGAAACCCUACUAAGGAUGACUUGAAGUACAGCAAAUGGGCUGUUGCACCUACUCGGAAGGACGCCGAGGGGAUUAGGAAGAUCUAUCCGUGGAAAGAUUAG